UUUUUUCCCUCUCGUGUUUUCCCCUCUGACUUAGUCCGGCUUUGUCACUAUGCUAUGACUCGUCAGAGGACCCGCAUGUCUUGCUGAAGUUGGACCACGUUUAUCAGACUAUAGAAAUGCCCCAACACAAUAUGGAAAACUCCAGGAGUCAGUGGCAGCAGGGUCUGCGGCCUCCGUGGAUCACCAGAAUGACUGAUGGUCAGAGUCCCGCCUCCUCAGGGGCAGAGUCUGAUACAGAAAGUAGCAGCGCAGAGACCUCCAUUAAAAAGUUGGAGGUGGGUUCACUGAGGGUCCUGCCAUCACCCUCCAUGCUCCAACAGCGAAUCACAGAGAUCGACCAGCAGAAGGAAGAGCUAAACAUUGAGCUGCAGCUGGAGAUUGCUUUGCUACAAGGAGAGCUGCAGACAGAGAAGGACCGGCUGCACAAACACACGCAGAAGCUGAAGGAUCUACAGGAGGAGGCCGGGCAAACAGAGAAGCACAAACACACAGACAGACAAAAGGAACGAGAGAGUCUGGAAGAGGAGCGACGCAGGGUGGAGGAGCUGAAGAGGUUGUGCAAAGAGAAAGAGAAGCUGAUCCCGAGUCAGCCAGAAAGUCAGCGAGAACAGCUAAUGCUGCAGCUGCAGAAGGAGAAGGAUGCGAUGGAGGCAUCAGUUCGGGCCUUUGAGGAUUGGGAGUUUAAUUUUCUGGAGCGAGAGACCGGCAUUGUUGAAGAGGAUGAGAGAAAAUGCAAGGAGAGAGAGAGUGCAGGAGAGCUUGAAAAGGAAAUCUCAUGCCAGAAGCUUUUGGUCAAUGUUGCACAGGAGCAAGUCCAACGGUUAGAAAGACAGCUGCGGGACAUGGAAAAGGAGAAAGAGAGAGAGAUGAAUGCCUUGAGGAAAGAGAAGAGGGAGCUCAUACACACUCAAAUGGUUCGCAAAGACAAGACGCCGCUCACCGACUGGUCUGACAUCACCAGCUCAGCUCCCUGCAUGAUGUCGCUUUCUCCUCUGACGGUUCACAAGCCUCCGCAGGAUCCAAGCAAAGAAGGUGUCAGUCUGCCCAGGAGACGAAGCUCGCAUCGCAAUAACAGACUAAACGACAGGCCGGUGUCAGCACAGGUACUGGUAAGGAUGCAUCCUGACAGCCAGGCCCCAGAGGCUUUCACAUCCCCUGUCCUGUCCCAUAGACUGAGCAAUGGGCACAGCAGUGGGCACGGCAAUGGGCACAGCAGUGGGAACGGCAAUGGGCAUGGCAGUGGGCACAGACCUGGGACCAGCAAUGGUGGUGGAGUCUUAACUCCAUGUAAUAGUACAACAAGCUCUCGUGCUGCCAGUCCAUGCCUUUUGGAUCUCAUUGAGAUUGAGAAGAAACUGAGGGAAGCCAAAGCAGAGAGAGAGAGGCUGCUCAGAGAGCGGGAAGAUCAGCGACGGUUGCUGAUGGAGGAGAGAAGACAAAAAGAGCUUAACUCUUCCAGAACAGAACCACCAGAACCAGAGACCCCACAAAGACCAGAGCCAGAACCUGAAGAGCAACAAAGGGUCAUCUCUUCCCCAAACUCCUCUGAGCAGCGUAGCCUGCCCCUCUUCCUCUCUCCAAACUUUGACCUGAGGGCCCAUGUGGAGUCUCUGGGUCAUGGAGUGACUGGCUGCACAGAACUGCGGCUGACGUCUCGACGCUGUGCGGGCUUCCUUACCAAACGAGGGGGGAGGGUCAAAACCUGGAAGAAGAGAUGGUUCCUGUUUGACAUGGACCACAGACGACUAGCCUACUAUACAGACUGUGAUGAAAGGAAGCUGAAGGGAGUCAUUUAUUUCCAAGCAAUAGAGGAAGUUUACUACGACCAUCUACGAACAGGCACCUCUUCACCACGGCCCAGUCUGACGUUCUGUGUGAAGACAUAUGACCGUCUGUUCUUUCUGGUGGCUUCCAGUGCAGUGUCCAUGCGGAUCUGGAUGGAUGUUAUUGUCACAGCAACAGACGAGCAUAGUCGUUAUUAACUUUUGAAUUUAAAAUCCUUGCUUCUAGGCAGGCAGCGCAAGAGGGUUGUGUUUCCCUCUCUGCUGUCUAAGGUCCGAUUUUGUUGAAGAUCCACCUCAGGAGCUCAUUCUAUUCCUGGACUCAUGAAUAUGUGAAUAAAGUGCACGAGAUACAGAUGUGGUUAAACUGAGUUGUGGAAACUGUUACUGACAGAGUGAUUGAUGGCGACAGAGGUUCAGCAGCUGCAAUCCACAAGCAGCUUCACUCAGCAGCUUGCACAAUGGGUGUCUGUUACUGGGAGGUGUUAAGCUGAGCUUUACCUCCCUCUCCUGGUCACAAUCCAGCAUUACAAGACUGAUAUACACUACGCAAUAAUACACUACAACAGGUGGUGAACAUAAUAACAACUCCUGUGCAAUACUAUGCAUUCCACUGUAACAGUCCAAAAAUAAGUGUACUUAAAUUAGACUGUCAGAGGCACGUUGAGGUUAAACACUGUGACCGUUUUGUGUUGUAAUAUGUUUUGGAUUGCUUUAUAUUGUCAGAUGUUCCCAUUAAAAUGUCCAAGUUUUCUCUGUUUUUAUUGAAGAUACAUUGUAAAUGACAUUUUUAAAAUUAUUUAUUAUUCAGAAAUUUUUAUGGGUUUGAUUUUCAAAUAAAUGAAGACAUACACCGUUAUGCA